GGCCUCUCGGAUCCUGGAGCCGGCGAUCUAGUGGAUCUUUUGCGGGUCAGGAGUGCUGUCUGCUAGCUGCUUUUCCUGCUCUCUCUCCUGGGAGGCGAAUCCUUGAGCCCGAGAUGGCAGCCACCCUGCUCAUGGCUGGGUCCCAGGCACCUGUGACAUUUGAAGAUAUGGCCAUGUACCUUACCCGGGAAGAAUGGAGACCUCUGGACCCUACACAAAGGGACCUUUACAGGGAUGUUAUGCAGGAGAAUUAUGGAAAUGUUGUCUCAUUGGAUUUUGAGAUCAGGAGUGAGAACGAGGUGAAUCCAAAGCAAGAGAUUAGUGAAGAUGUAGAAUUUGGGACCACAUCUGAAAGACCUGUUGGGAAUACUGAGGAAAAUCCUGAAAUUGAAGAGGGCUUUGAAAGCAGGGAUAGAUCAGAAAGACAGUGGGGAGAUUUAACAGCAGAAGAGUGGGUAAGCUAUCCUCUCCAACAAGUCACAGAUCUGCUUGUCCACAAAGAAAUUCACACAGGUAUUCAAUAUCAUAUAUGUUCUCAUUGUGGAAAGGCCUUUAGUCAGAUCUCAGACCUUAAUCGACAUCAGAAAACGCACACUGGAGACAGACCCUAUAAGUGUUAUGAAUGUGGAAAGGGCUUCAGUCGGAGCUCACACCUUAUUCAGCAUCAAAGAACACACACUGGAGAGAGACCCUAUGACUGUAAUGAGUGUGGGAAAAGUUUUGGAAGAAGCUCUCAUCUCAUCCAGCAUCAGACAAUCCACACUGGAGAAAAGCCCCACAAAUGUAAUGAGUGUGGGAAAAGCUUCUGCCGGCUCUCUCAUCUAAUCCAACACCAAAGGACCCACAGUGGGGAGAAACCCUAUGAGUGUGAGGAGUGUGGGAAAAGCUUCAGUCGGAGCUCUCACUUAGCUCAGCACCAGAGGACCCACACAGGUGAGAAGCCUUAUGAGUGUAAUGAAUGUGGGCGAGGCUUCAGUGAAAGAUCUGAUCUCAUCAAACACUAUCGAGUCCACACAGGAGAGAGGCCCUACAAGUGUGAUGAGUGUGGGAAGAAUUUCAGUCAGAACUCUGACCUUGUGCGCCAUCGCAGAGCCCACACUGGAGAAAAGCCAUACCACUGUAAUGAAUGUGGGGAGAAUUUCAGCCGCAUCUCACACUUGGUUCAGCAUCAGAGAACCCACACUGGGGAAAAGCCAUAUGAAUGUAAUGCUUGUGGGAAAAGCUUCAGCCGGAGUUCUCAUCUCAUCACACACCAGAAAAUUCACACUGGAGAGAAGCCCUAUGAGUGCAAUGAGUGUUGGCGAAGCUUUGGUGAAAGGUCAGAUCUAAUUAAACACCAGAGAACCCAUACAGGAGAGAAGCCUUAUGAGUGUGUGCAGUGUGGAAAAGGUUUCACUCAGAGCUCCAAUCUCAUCACACAUCAAAGAGUUCAUACGGGAGAGAAGCCUUAUGAAUGUACUGAAUGCGAGAAGAGUUUCAGCCGGAGCUCAGCUCUUAUUAAACAUAAGAGAGUUCACACUGACUAAGUCCUGUAAUCAUGACUGAGAAAUGAUUCAUUUGAAGCUACAAUUUUAUUUGAUAUCAAAGAGCUCUCUCAAGACAGUUUCUUAUACUGUACCUAAUUUCCUUGUUGUAGGCCACAGUUAAAAUAUCAAAGAAGACCAGCCAUUUGAAAGUCUGACCCACGGCUUUGGGAAUGUUAUUCCCUCUCCAAAAUAGUGAUUUUUAUUCACUCAAUAUUAAUGAAGUACUUCAUCAAAAUCAGCCCCACAAGUAAUGUUGGUAAAUGCUCAGGCCUGAAAAUAGAGUAAAAUUUAAAAAGUUAUUUCUCCUAGCCUUGGCCCAAAAAACUGUGCUAGGGGAAAUGUUGGACUGUAAUAGGGUGGUCACAGCUGGAAAAAGACGAGACUUUGCCUCAAUUGCCACAUGUAUUCACUUACCAUAGUAGUUGGGCACACACAUCUUCCCCUUCAAAGGGCUUUUUCCUUGAGUUGCUCAUGCACUUGUAUCUUUACAGCUUCCUGAGAUUUUUUGGAUUGUGCACUAUGAAGGCAAUGAUCAUAACAUUUUUCAUUCUCAUUGUUUCUAACUUUUUUAAAGCUUGCAUCUUUGUGAAAACUAACUGAAGAUACAGAAUGCAAGGAAAAAUGAAACACAGGUUUGGGGACCAAGGACUCAUCAAUGGUGAUGACUUUAGCAAGUGAUGCCCACUGUUGUUAUUGCCAUUAAUCAGAAUUUAUUAAUUUUCUUUGGGGAUCACUGUAGGGAACAUUUUAGGGAAAAAUGUCUUCAAGGAAAGAUAAGACCAUAAGUGUUGGUGGAGUGCAAGGAACAAGUGGAAUUGACAAUUUCAGGGAAGGAAGCAGAGUCCCUUCCCAAGGAACACAAGUCAUUUCUGUGUUCUUUCCCCUCUACCCUUUAAGAUCAAUUCUCCCUAUACUGCUAACUCUAGGAUUUGAUAGGGCCACUUCCCAGUGUUUCUCUUAGUUUGCAUAAGGGCAUGUGUAUGUACAGUAAAAUGUGUAUUCCUGUGGUUUUCCCAAUAGCAGAAACUUAAUUCACACAGAAUUAGCAUGUUCUUGGGUGAUGCUGACCGUGUGACAGAACUACAGACACAACUCCAAUGUGAGAAAUGUUCUUUUCAUUCUUUAUGAAGAAAAAUUUUAAACACUAGUGCUCUAGUGUGCACUCUUGUAAGGUCUGUCGUUGUGCAGAACUAAGCACUUGUUUAUAUGUAUCAGUCAAUUGUGGGAGAUAAUGACUGGACAAAUAGGUUGACUGUCCUGUUCUCAGACUGCGUAUCUUCUCUUUGGGCUAGUCACAAGGACUUAAUAAAUCUAUAGGGAUGUAUUUUCAUCCUCUCAGCCUAAAGAUAUAAGUGGUUAAAAUAAGAGUUGACUCAAUGUAAACCCAGUAAUGUCAGUUCUUAUCUCAGCCCAAAUAAGAAUUAAGAAAUACCCCAAAUGUUGGUGCUUAUCCAAGUAUUUGGGGGUGUGAGUGGAAGAAAAUUGACGCCCAGGAGAUGGGACUCAAGUGAGGAAUAUUUUUUUUUUGCGUGCCUCAAGUUAUUUCUACUGUGCUUUAUUGUGAGAGUUGUAACAUUUGAAAACUACUUUUGCCACAGCUCUUUGGGACUUGGUGUUAAAGAGCCAGUGGUCUCUCUAGGGUAGUGUACUGUAGUGAGUUAUGACCCACAGCUGUGUGGGACUGUGUCCCUUGCAAAUGACACAACCUUGAAAGUAACAAAAUGAAAAACCACCAAGGAGCUUUCUUUCUGUUGCCACUGCUAUUUAAAUAGAGACUCGGGCAAGAAGCAUGUUUUUUGUUCUACACAAAAUCUAGCUGACGGUGGGUAUCCAUAUUUUAAUUGUUGAAUGACUUACAUGUUCUUAAUGACUAAACUCAAAUAUGUCUUUUACCAUAUCAGUGUUGCUGAUGGUUUUAAUGAAUAUCAGAGUUCUCCUGUUUCUGUGAGCCACUAGGGCAUCAGCUUUGGAGUGGCCAUAGAAGACAGCAUCUUUAUGACCUAACUGUAUUUCACCCCUUUUCCUUCCCUUCUCUCCAGCCCCAACCCCACACUGUGCCUGCUGCUGCUUUUUGGCUUCUUAAGUACUCUUGCCAUCUCUCCAUACAUGUACACUCCAGCUGGGAAGUUAAAGGUCAAAGACCAGACCAGCUCUUUCUCCUCUUUUCUGCCAAUUGCUGCCCAUUUGUUGAACUUUGUGUAAAAGUUAUGCAUCAGACUCUCCUUGCUAAUGCCUUUUGCAUGCCUUCUGCUCCCAAGACUCUGGCUGCUUCUGCACAUACCCUGAACACUUUGUGCCUGUUUUCUAUGGUUGUGGAGAGUGAAUGAACAAGUAAGUAUGUAGAGCAGUUUUCCUUAUGGUAUUGGUCAGUUA